AUGGAGAGAAAAUAUAUCACACACCAGAAGGCUUGCAAGGGAGAGAAGCCAUAUCAUUGUUCUGAAUGUGGAAAAACUUUUAUAAGCAAGAGAGACCUUAUAAUACACCAAAGAUUUCACACUGGAGAGAAGUCAUAUCAGUGUUCUGAAUGUGAUAAAGCUUUUACACAUCUUAUCACACACCAAGUUCACACUGGAGAGAAGGAGAGAUAUCAGCCAUAUCAGUGUUCUGAAUGUGAUAAAGCUUUUACUCAGAAGUUACAGAUCUCAUCACACACACCAGAGGAUUCACACUGGAGAGAAGUCAUAUCAGUGUUCUGA